GCGGAGCAGAAGCGGCAGGAGCAUCUGACGAAGCAGCAACAGGUGAAGGAGAAAAACCGGCUGAAGAUGCAGAGGCUGAAGGAUAAGCAGCAGGGACACGAGGAUCCGGAGCCGGAGAAGCAGGAGAACAAGAAUGAGAAUGCAGCGCAGGAGAGUUCGAAGAAGGAAAGUCCGGAGCCGAACGGGCAAUCCGAGGCGGAUACGAGUAAUUUUGACGCGGAGGGGCAGUAUCAGCAGUGGGGGGAUCGCGAUGCGUGGUAUUACAGCUUGUGGUUGGAUCAGCAGGAACAGGAGAGGCAGGAACAGGCGAGGCAGGAACAGGAGAGGCAGGAACAGGAAAGGCAGGAUGGGCUGGCGGAUCAGGCGAAUGCGGCGAAUCAGGAACCCACGAAUGCGGAGCAGGGGAAUGGGGAAGCGGGAAAUGCGGGAGAAGAGGAUUGGGAGUAUAAUGUUUGGCUGGAUCAGCAGAAUCAGCUGCGGUUGGAGGCGGACUAUGAGGAGCGGCUGAGGAACCAAGUGGAGUAUGAUCAGAUGAUUUGGAAUCAGGAUCAGGCGGCGAUUCAGCAGGGUAUUUUAGACGAUUUGGCGUUUGACCAGGCACGGGAAAAGGAGGCGCAGGAAAAGGAGGCGCAGGAAAAGGAGGCGCAGGAAAAGGAGGCGCAGGAAAAGGAGGCGCAGGAAAAAGUGGCGCAGGAAAACACCGCGCAGACGGAUCAGCAGCAGAACCCUUGA